ACGAAAUCUAACGCUGCAUUUGGGGUUAAUUAGUUUGAUUCAAAAGGUUUUAGGGUCUGAGGGUUAAAUAGUAAAGUUAAGGGUCACAUAUUCGAAAAAAAAUUUGUUGAGCUGAAGGCUAAUGUUUGUUUACUUUAGUUUGAUUAAAAAAGGUUGUAGGGUUAAAUAGUUUGAUUAAAAAGUUUUAAACUAGUAUGUGGUUUCAAUAAAAGUUAAAAAGGUAUCAUACGUAAAUAUUGUAGAGAUGUCGGCUACUGUUAAUAAUGAUUUUGAUUUCCUACGGUCAGGAGUAGGAGAAACUUUUACACCUACGAAAGCGACGGAGGAAGAAGAAGAAGAAGGCGGCGGCGAUGACGAACAAGGAGAAAGCGCGGGAGAGAAGGGAGAAGAGGAUGCAGGAGAUCUCUCUCCUUCGAACCAUCCCUUACUCUGAUCACCAGAGAUGGUGGUCUUCUGAAAAUGUAGUAGCAGUGGUGACUGGUUCUAACCGAGGCAUUGGACUCGAAAUCGCAAGACAGCUUGCUAGCCACGGAUUGACUCUUGUUCUUACAGCCAGAAACGUUGAUGCUGGUCUUGAAGCAGUUACUUCCUUGAGUCUCCAACAAGGUCUCAAGGUUGAUUUUCAUCAGCUUGAUGUCACGGACGCCUCUUCGAUUAAAGAGUUUGGUUGCUGGAUUAAGCAAACUUUUGGAGGUCUCGAUAUUCUCGUGAAUAACGCAGGUGUCAACUACAAUCUUGGCUCAGAUAACUCGGUUGAGUUUGCUGAGACUGUUGUAUCUACUAAUUACCAUGGAACCAAAAACAUGAUCAAAGCUAUGAUACCCUUGAUGAGACCCUCUCCUCAGGGAGCUCGUAUCGUUAACGUUAGCUCCAGGCUAGGCAGAGUAUACGGAAGACGUAAUAGGCUUGCAAAUGUAGAGUUGAGAGAUCAGCUAAGCAAUCCGGAUUCUCUGACGGAAGAACUUUUAGACCGAACUGUCUCUACAUUCAUCGAGCAAGUAAAAGACGGAACUUGGGAAUCAGGCGGGUGGCCUCAGACAUUCACCGACUACUCCAUCUCUAAGCUUGCUGUCAAUGCAUACACUAGAAUGAUAGCGAAAGAGCUUUCGACAAGGCAAGAGGGAGAGAAGAUUUAUGUUAACAGCUUUUGUCCUGGUUGGGUGAAGACUGCAAUGACUGGUUUCGCUGGUAAUAUGUCUCCUGAAGACGCAGCUGAUACCGGAGUUUGGCUGAGCUUGGUUCUGUCUGAAGAGGCGGUGACUGGAAAAUUCUUUGCAGAGAGACGUGAGAUAAACUUCUGAGUGGGGGUUGGUGAAAGUUUAUUAAAAACUGGAAUAGAUUUCUCUUAUCUUUCUUUCUUGUCAACAAACAAUGCCACUUACUAAGUUGAUGAUGGUUAUACAAAAUAAUUCUACA